AUGGCUGGGCUCCGAAGGUUACUCCCAUUGCUUGCUGCAUUUUGGGCCAUCUUGUCCCAUUCUUUCGCUCUUUCGGAAUGCCAGGUUAAAGAAUCGACACAGCGCCGUCUUUUCCUACUGAGUGACAUCGCAAAUGAACCCGAUGAUGCACAGUCACUAGUUCGGCUACUCGUGUACGCGAAUGAGUUCCAAAUCGAAGGUCUGGUGGCCACCACGAGUUGGUGGCUCAAUGACACAACUCGUCCCGAUCAGAUGCGCGACAUCGUGAGCGGCUAUGGCAAGUGCGUCGAGAAUCUAAAGAAGCACGCAUCUGGAUGGCCAGAGCCUGAUCAUCUGCUCAGCCUGAUCAAGUCAGGCUCAACUCAGUACGGGAUGAACGGGGUGGGCGAGAAACAGAACAGCGAAGGCUCAGAGCUUCUCGUUGCGGCGGUGGACAAGUCAGAGGAACCACUAUGGAUCCCUGUGUGGGGUGGUGCCAACACACUCGCUCAGGCACUAUGGUAUGUGAAUGCGACACGAUCGGCUGAAGAAGUGGAGGAAUUCGUUGCGAAACUGCGUGUCUACUCGAUCUCCGACCAGGAUAACAGUGGGCCUUGGAUUCGACGAAACUGGCCCAAUCUGUUUUACAUUGCGAGCGUGCAUGACUUUAACCGAUACGCAAAUGCUGCCUGGGGAGGAAUCUCGGGCGAUGAUUAUUAUCACUUUCCCAGCAAUGGGAAUAAGGAAGUCAUCUCCAAAGAGUGGAUCAAAGAUCAUAUCCAAUCAGUUGGGCCUUUGGGAGCUCAGUAUCCUGAUGGAGAGUUUAUUAUCGAGGGUGACUCGCCGUCCUUGCUCUACAUGAUCCCGACCGGCCUAUCAGAUCCAGAACAUCCCGAAUGGGGCUCCUGGGGAGGUCGAUAUGGACCAGUGGCGUGGGGUGAAGGACAUUUUGCUGAUAGCAUCGAUACCGUGGUCGAUGAUUCAGGAAGCACAAUGAUGGGUCCGCACGUCACAAUCUGGAGAUGGCGUACUGCAUUCCAGAAUGAUUUCAAGGCGAGAAUGCAGUGGACUGUCCAGAAGACAUUUGAAGGGGCAAAUCAUUCUCCUGUUGCUGUUGUGAAUGGCAGUUUGGGCCGAAAUGUUCUAGAAUAUACUGUCAAACCCGGCGAGAACAUCGUAUUGGAUGCAACUGCAUCUUGUGACCCAGAUGGCGAUACUCUCGCGUUCAAGUGGUGGCAAUAUCUGGAACCAAGCUCAAACCUCAACACCCCAAAGCGUGAUGUGCAUGUUUUGAAGAUGGAUGGAACUGAUACCCCUAGGCUGUCUGUCGAGAUACCAAACACCGAGGUUCUGCACAAGCCGGGCAGAGGAGUCCAUCCAUUUGAUGACAAGCACUUGCACAUUAUUCUGGAGAUAUCGGAUGGAGACAUUGUAGCUUACCGGCGCAUAAUAUUAACCAUCAAAGGGAAACCUGCCGUGGGAGAAGGCGACUCUGUUCAUGACGAGUUAUAA